AGGUUGCUUACUUAAGACCUAUAUCCACUUCAAAACAAGAUAAAAUAUCCACGUAAAACCAAAGAACUAGUAAUGGCAACCAAUGGAAGACAUCAAGAAGUUGGACACAAGAGUCUUUUGCAAAGUGAUGCCCUUUAUCAGUACAUUCUUGAAACAAGCGUGUACCCAAGAGAGCCUGAGCCCAUGAAAGAGCUAAGAGAGAUCACCGCAAAACACCCCUGGAACCUCAUGACCACCUCUGCCGAUGAAGGGCAAUUCUUGAGCAUGCUUAUCAAACUCAUUAAUGCCAAGAACACAAUGGAGAUUGGUGUUUUUACUGGUUACUCUCUGCUUGCUACUGCCAUGGCUCUUCCCGAUGAUGGCAAGAUUCUAGCUAUGGAUAUUAACCGGGAAAACUACGAGAUUGGUCUUCCAGUGAUUGAAAAGGCUGGACUAGCUCACAAAAUUGAAUUCAAAGAAGGCCCUGCACUUCCCGUUCUUGAUCAAAUGAUUGAAGAUGGAAAAUACCAUGGAUCAUAUGAUUUCAUAUUUGUAGACGCUGACAAAGACAACUACUUGAAUUAUCACAAGAGAUUAAUCGACUUGGUCAAAAUUGGUGGACUAAUUGGGUAUGAUAACACCCUAUGGAAUGGAUCAGUGGUUGCACCACCUGAUGCACCUCUUAGGAAAUACGUUAGGUAUUAUAGAGAUUUCGUAUUGGAACUCAACAAGGCUUUGGCUGCUGAUUCAAGAAUCGAAAUUUGCCAGCUACCUGUUGGUGACGGCAUCACCCUUUGCCGCCGCAUUAGUUAAAUAAACACAACUAUCGUCUAUUUGUGGCAACCAAGAAUGGAAGGCACGCCACAGGGCUAGCUCAUGUCAAUGGAGGAUUUAUUAUUUCUGGAAUUCCCCUGUUCUGAAUCAUUCGUUAUUCAACCUUUUUUUUAAUUCUCUUUUCUAGUGAAGGUUGCAUUGUCUAUGUUACCUACUGUUUAUGUCAUAUCGUAUUUUAACAUAAAAAAA